CACACAAACGGCAGGACUCAGCCUUUUCUCCUCUUUAUUUUGUGCUCCUGCUGUUUUUCCACGACUUAAUUGUAUUCCAGGAUGCUCUACAUAUUGUGGGCGCUUUUGGUGCGCUUUUUGUGCCAGCUGCUCGCCCCCGCAUCCUCAAUCACGCGCACGCUUACGUAACACGCUUACGUAUUUCUCGCCAUUAACGCCGUGACCACCUGUUGGUGGAUGCUGCUGAUGCUGCUAUUGCUCAUAUACGUACAAGAGGCGAGGCGAGGCGAGGUGAGUCCGUUCGUUCUCGAUCAUGAGAAAAAUCUCUCGGAAGCCCACCACACAGAAAAGUAUUAAUACUAAACUAAAGAUGAUGUCGUCGAAAUGUACUCACAACACAACCUAUUGUGAAAUGAACACAAAGCCAUGGUUUGUAUGAAUGAAAAAGUUGAUUGUACCUUUUUGCCAUUUACUUCAUUCAUACGGCACAUUUCGUAUACACAAGGAAAAUCAAUGUGCUUCACGCAGACAAAGACACAACACGUCAAAGGAUUUAAAAACUCAAUUAACAAUAUUAGAAGCAGAGUAAAAACAACACACUGUUCCACAGUCUGAACGGCUACGUCAUCCGUCCAAGACAUCAUCUUGGAGGGAGCGUGACUGUUUGAUUGUUCUUGAAUCUGCAAAGUUGUUUUGAGUUUAUAUUUAACUUUAAUCCCAUUUAAAAGUUGAGUUGAAGACUGUUUUGGUUCAUUCAGUUGUUAAUUUGCUCUGUAGAGAGUGACAUUGAACUGAUCAAUAUACUGGUUGCUUCAUAUCAUCUGCAUACUGCAUAGCUAUGAUAUCAAGUAUUUUCCCCAAAGUUAACAUAUCAUCACGCUAAUAACAACUGCCAAACUCAUUUUUUGCUUAAGUCAUUUCUUUUUGCAGGAAAUGACUCUCCAUGAUCCAAUUUAGAGCCAAUCAGAUUCUAAUACCAUAAAUGCAUUUACUAUUUUUCAGAGUCUAGCUGGAAGGACUCCGAGCCUCCUUUACUAGAGGCAGCAUGUCCUUAACGCUCACCCCAAGCAGGAAACCUUCAUCAGGUCAGCGCAGGCGCUCUGCAGGAGCGAGUGGUAGCAGCGGACGAUGCAACCCUAGUGACAUGUCCAGCACCAGCAACUACUCGCUGAAGGUCAAGGCGACAGAGGGAAGCCUCACGCCCCGGCUGUAUCCUAGUACGCCGAGGCGUCAGGCAAAGCAUACGGUGUGUAGCGACAACCAUGGGAUAAGGCCUCCCGCCCCAGAGCAAUACCUCACUCCCCUGCAGCAGAAAGAAGUGUGCAUACGUCAUCUGAGAGCCAGACUGAGGGACAACGUGGAGCGAUUACAUCACAGGGACUACGAAAUAGAUGAGUUGAGGACUCAGCUGUACAGGAUGCAGGAAGACUGGAUUGAAGAAGAAUGCCACCGCGUGGAGGCCCAGUUGGCCCUCAAAGAAGCCCGCAAGGAAAUUCAGCACCUGCAAGAAGUGGUGGAGUCUGUCAGGUCCAAUCUGGGUAAGCAAGACCACGACCAUAAGCCAUAUACGAGGUCACAGGACCCGAAGCCCAGCGGGAGGUCUCGCUCCUGCGGCUGCUCCCCCGCCAGCACUUUGACCCGCAGCAGACACCUGAGCGCCGAGGCCGCGCCGACCGAGUCAAACCGAUCGUCAUGCCACCUGUUGCUGGAGGCCGGACUCCUCACGGAGCGCACGCCACGGCGGGACCGCGCCGAAGGGACUGCGCUGCCCUACGUCGCGUGUGACCGGCUGUGCCGAGGGGGCGCCGUAUCCGUCUCGCACUCCUGCCACUCUCUGUCUGGAAGCUGCUACCUCCCUCAUCAUCACUUGUUCCUGCACUUACCUCAGGAGGAGCCCCCGGAAACUAUUGCCUCGGCUUCGACUGCACCCGCCGAUCCUGUCCCGAGUGCUGCGGCUAGGAGAAAGCCAGAAGUACGCUCACAGGCCUGCAGCCCGACCAUGGCUUGGCGGUCACGAGAGGACAGCGGCCCAGAGGAGCUGAGCGUCAUUUCCGUGCCGUCGGCGGACACGAGCCUCGCGGAUCCCUUUGUCACUCCGACGACUUUGCUUCCUCUGUCUCCUCCAGAGAUCCCCCACGUGCGCCAACCCCACUCCGCGGCCCCCCACAGGCAGGAAGCAGCCAUCUUGGAGACAGAGGAGGACUGCAAAGAGGAAGGGGGAAAUGAUGAUGCGCCUCAGAGGUUCCACUGGAGCCCUUACUUCCUGGUGGAUCUGUUGGCUUUGGCUGCGCCGGUGGUUCCGACCGUGGCGUGGCUGUGUCGCGGAUCACCUCAGGACAUUGCGCCCGUCUAUCACAUCGGCUCCUUGCUGAGAGGUUGCUGUGCCGUGGCCUUGCACUCGCUCCGUCGGAGAGGCGGCGGGCCAGGACGCGUACGGGCCAGCGUGAGUGGAACGCCCAUCUGACUUGGAAUCUCAACCGUCCAGGCUUUCUCAAACUUAACACGCUUUUGGAAUGGGCUGCUCUUGUCACAUUUAACUUUAAAGAAUAUGUGAAAGAACUGGUGCGAACUUAUGGGGGGUUACUUAUUUGCACAGAGAAAAAUCGUUCUCAAAGAUAAAAGUGGACCCUGCUAUUUACAGGAGAUAGCGAUUGCAACUCAAAACACUCAUCUUUUCCCCAUUGUAAUGAAUGAAAUUGCAAUUACCUUCCUGCCUCCUCUCCUCAAAACAGAUUUUCUUCCAGAAUUGACUUGACUUCCAGAAUGUUUUUUAUAUAUCCAGAAAAAUAAUAUAAUAUUGUCCAUCCAUACAGUUUGCUGCCCAAAGACUGAUUUAGCACCCUUGGCGUGCUAAAUUUCAGACAAUAUUUGACAAAGGGUGGUCAUGGCCACCUCUGGCAACCACAUAGCUCCGCCACUGGGUCCAAGCAAAAUGCUAUUCAAGCAAAUUGCUGGAGUGCUCCAGUUCAGUUGUAUUGAACUUAUGUACAAUAAAUUUGCAUUUAAUCUUUCAGAAUGGUUUGUUUUCAACCAUUAAGGUAUGUUUAUUACGCUUUUCUGUUCUACUAUGUAUAUUUUUCAUUCUUAUAGUAUAGUUUUUGUAAUUUUAUUUUACAGUAUUUACUUACUUUACUGUUUUGGUCCAUUUUUUCCCAUAAGAUUUUGGGUGAACUUAAAAUUGUGUGACUUUUUCGGACUCUACUGUGCGCUUUGUCCUGUCUACAAUUUUAUUUGUCCACGAAAAUCAGAUUUUUUCAAUUUCAGUUUAGUGGAAACAUUUUCUCCCCAGAGAAACUGUACAGUAUUUUCUUUCCAAGAGCAUUUCCUGCGGGAACAUUUCUUUAUAAAUAUUUAAUAGCUUGCAUAAUAUAAAAACUUUACAGGGACUUAACAGUGGGAACAAAGCAUAGGAGGAGCUAACUUGUCGUUUUCCAUGGAAAUACUUGACCAACGUGUGUGUGGACUGAAGGUUAUACAAGGUCAUGUGAUCCGUGAAUGUAUGAAUGCAAAAAGCUUUGUCUAAGGAUUUUUAAGAUAAUGUUUUGGGUCUAUUUUUGAACUUUGUAUAUAUAAAGAAAGAGCAAAUGUGUUAACAUAGGACAAGAGAAGACAGAGUGAGGUAAAGUUCCUGCUGAAUUAGCAAAUCCUAAGCACGUAAUAAAAUAUGUACAAUAACUAGUUUGAACCUUAUGCAAAGAAAUAUAUAUUUUUGUUUUCAGGGGUAGUUUGCUAGCUCAAUUCAACUUAAAGGUUGGAUCUGCACGUUGCACAAAAACAGAAUCUUUUUUGGUUGAAAUAUAAAUGUACUGUAUAUUUUUAACUUGCAAGGGUACGAUUGCUCCUUAAAUCUGAUCUGUCCUAUUCCUACAAAGCAAUGAGACGCUUGUACUGACUGUACUCUUUUAUUGUCAAGAGUAAGAAAGAGAAUGUAACAUCCACAGCUUGUAACACACAACUCCUUAAAAUAAACGCAAUCACAAAUUGCAAGGUGCCUCGUGGGUAAGUUUUCAUGCAACAAACCUUUUGCCACAAACGUUUUUCAGGGGGCAGGGGUACAUUUUCCCCACAUUUAUUGUUUUUCUUUUCUUUUCUUUUUAAGAGCAAACCAAGACAAAAAGCGUCCAACUGUGAGUGUCUGAGCGCUAAAAUCAUCGUGCGCUCAUAAAUAAAUGUUGCUGGCAAAAAUUGUGGAGAGCCGUAGGCAACUCCGUUUGUGUGCUUGAUUUGAGGAUGUCAAGUGACGUCCUUGUGUAAUGUCGCCGGAUAACGAAGUGCCACGGCCACUCGUAAAACAGCUCCGCGUCAAAACAA